CUAAAGUUUGUGUGGAGGCUCCGUCCAAAGUGACAGCGACAGAGAAAGUACGAGGAUUUUAUCACCUCCAGGACGGCUUUUAGACGCAUAUGUGGACAUUCUCGGGCUCUCUUCUUCAUCACCGGAGUAUCAGCUGUUCCAGGAGCGUCUUGCAUUUGGAAAGGCGCAAAGAUAGCGUCGCUGGAGCAUCACAAACAAACGUUGGGACCUGAGGAUCUGUUUGAGGUGCCUUUACUAUGAUGAUCAUUGAAGUCCACCUAAUAGUUUAAGUCUAAGGAAAAAAAAUCCUGCCUCUGUUUAGAACCACCGUCUGAUAUCAGCCAAAGGACGGUGACACAGUCAUGCAUUUGGAAGUCAAGGUGGCCCUCAACUUCAUUGUGUCAUACCUCUACAACAAGCUGCCUCGCCGCAGAGCAGACCUGUUUGGUGAGGAGCUGGAGAGGAUCUUGGUGUCUCGUUUCGAGGGGCACUGGUAUCCAGAGGCACCUCUCCGGGGCUCUGCUUUCCGCUGUCUCCACUUGGGGGCUCCUCGGGACCCUGUUGUGGAGCUUGCUGCCAAGAGGAGUGGGCUGGACACAGAGGAGGUGAGGGCAAAUGUCCCUGCAGAGCUUAGUGUGUGGAUUGACCCAUAUGAGGUCUCAUACCAGAUUGGAGAGAAGGGGCCUGUGAAGGUACUGUACCUGGAGGACCCCCCUGGCUUGGGCUGUGAUGGAGAGGCUCCUGAGGGUGUCAUGACGGAGGCUAAAGGAGAUAUUGAAGCUGAGGAGAACAAGAGUGCAGGCUUUAACCCAGACGCUCAGGUUUUUGUGCCCAUCAGCAGUCAGGCAUCGCCCACUCUAUUGCCUUCACUUUGCAGCACCCCUCCCCCACUGCCCACCUCCUGUCAUGGGCUCUUCAGCUACCCAAGCUCCAGUACACCUCCUGACCUGGCACCUCACUCCUCGAACACCUCCACACCCUCUCCCCCCAGCGCCUUGCCCUACCUCUCCACUCAGCAGCCAGCUCGACCACAGCCCAUCACUUUCACCACCGCUAGCUUUGCUGCCACUAAAUUUGGCUCCACAAAGAUGAAGAAGAGCAGUGGAGGUGUGCCUGCCGCUGUACCCCCUGUCCCAAGGAUGCUGUCCCGCUCUCCUCCUCCUCUCUCUGCCCCUGAGCUGCUCAAGCACAAGCCACUGUCUCUGUCCCUGCAUUCCCUGGGUGGACCCAUGCCCAGCCAGCUCUCCCCAAACGCCAAAGAGUUCAUCUACCCUGGAUCUCCAGGCCAGCUAUACUUUGACAGUGACACUCCGCCCAUGCAAGCUCACACUAGCCCCUUUCAGCCUCCUCACGCAGUGAGCAACCAGCCGCCCUUUGACCCCUUCUCCAGCCCCCCUCCAACUCAGAGCGUGGGCAUCAUAGGAAGUGGAGGUGGCCCCAUCUCUUAUGUCGAGAAGCCGCCGUUUGUUGACGGUUUGGGAAACUACAACCUGCAAUAUCCUAGCCCAUCCUUCCAGCCUGUAGUGCUGGCCAACUAAGCCUUCAUUUGACAAUACUUUAAGACACUAACUUUAGAUUAUUUUUUAUUUUUUCUAACAAAUUGAAAUACCAAUGCAAGUUUAGAAUUACUUUUACUACUGAUCUACAAUAUAAAUGAGUGUACCAUUUUGUUUUGUUCCUGUGUACCCCCCACCUCACCCCAUGCACUUUGUCAUUUAUUAGCAGCCAUGCUUUUGUGAGCAACAUAAGAGCGGGUGGGAACGCACCUUCCGUUCUGCAUUGACUUGUUGCCAGACCCUUGUUUAUGAUUUCUAUUGAAUGUUAACGGAGAUUUGUUUUCUUGGACCCGGCUCUAGUGUACCCUCCAUUUUGCAUUGCACUGUCAUGCUGUGAAAAAUGACCUAGCCAAGUCCUGCAGUGAAUGACGGCUGUGGAAAAAGCUCAGCACUUUGUUCCGCAAUCUGCUCUGCCCUACUUGCCACAAAUACAGCGAGUGGAGCUCUGCUUGCCUUGCUGUUCUUGUUUUGUUAUGUUUUGAUGGGGUUCCAAGCCUCAGUGUUCAUAGUGGCCAUCUUCUUGAAACCACAGGCACACUUGCAUAUUACAUAUUCAGAGGAGCUUUAGUAUUGCAUGACAUGGGCCUAAAUGAGAGGGUGCAGUAUGUUGUGGACGGCAGAUGAAGUGGAAUGUAGUCCACCUGUCAAGGGAAAUUGCAUCAGGGACAGUUUAGGAAAACUGAAUAUGAAAAGCAAUUUAGCACUGCAACAUGUUUUGAUACCUCAGUCAUAAUUCGAUAUAUCUGUGCAAAUGGACACGUGCAGGGAAAUGUGCGCAUGGUUUCAGUCAGCGGCAUGUGAAGGUGAACAGGCAGAAGAAUGGAGGGGGAGGGGCAGAAGAAGCUAUGGCUAAGCAUUGGGGAUUGUGAUAAAUGGCUUAGCAUGACUUUGACUAUGAAGGAGAGUGGUUCCUGGGUGUGUAGAGGAGCAGGGGAGAGACCGAGGCAAAUACAAAGGGCUGGAGCGACUGAAGGGAGUGUUGCCUCGACGCUGCUCAGGGUGGAUAAGCUGAGAGAGCCUCACGUUAAAAUCCAGAGCACGUUUCCUCUCAGUUUAAAUGGUUUUGAAGCCAAAGGCACACACUAUUCUCUCUAUUCUCUCCCUUCUUGAAAUUCCUCUAGUUUUAUACAAAGAUGUAUUCGGUGACAGUGAUGUAGUGAAGGUGAAUGUUCCUGAAUGUGUCAUGGGCUGUGUUACUGUGUUUUGAAUAGCCUGUCACAUGUGAGUUGUAUGUUUACUGGCCGGGUCCUUGUGAUAGUUUUGUCUCCGGUGGCAAGAGUGACCCUCAGAUGUCCGUUUAAGCUUUCCAGCACUUUAUUACUGGGCUCCUCGUGCCCUCGCCCUCAGCUCAGUAAUGCACACUCACUUAGCUGUCGUUAAAUGCUUUAGAGAUUCUAAAAGGACUACAAAGUAUUCAAUGCAUCACACUGGUGAGAAGAUGUCAGUCCAGAUUUGUACUUGUAAAUGUUUUAUUUACGACCCCUGACUUGUGCUCACUGAUCUUUGCAAUGUGACGGUUUGUCAUAUGCAUGCAGUCAUGCAACUUUUAUUUGUAAUACUAGGGGGUUGACACAUGUUACGAUUGCAAUGGGAAAUGUAUUUUUCUUUGUAGUGUUUUUCUAUUUUUUUGUUUUUGCUAAUGACCACUCAUAUUUGUACACGUAUAAAAUACUGGAAAAUGUAUAUAUCCGCAGUCCUUAUGUUAAGAGUCAUUGUUUAGUUUCUUACAUGCUGAGGUUAUUUUUUCAACAAAAUACGUGAAUAUAUGCAAAACAAGACAAUAAAGAUGUAUAGAAUAAAGUAUUGAAUGUGUAUUGUACCGUGUACAGCAUUUGUCUAAUAAGACGGGUUAAUGUAUUCACUCUUGAAGGAGAUUAGAAAUGAGUUAUGAAUGUUUACAAUGGGUUUGUGAAGGAAAGGAUGACUGCAUUCUGACUACACCACUCCAUGUUCUCAUGGGCAGUUCAUUAAAACCAAAAUAAUAUCAAGGUCCCAAUACACUAUACUCUGCUAAAUAAUUCCUUUGGUGAAUCUUAGGCCACUUUUCAAGUGCAUUUGACAUAAUUCAUGAUAUUUCAAAUGUUAUGCAUUCUUGACAUUUGAUUAUUUCUCCUGAUUAUGCCUAGUUACAUCAUGGUCCUAAUAUUAUAGCCAUAAUCUUUGAGACUUUUAAGUGAUGAUGUCCUAACCCUCCUUCUGGGUCCAGUGGAAAUCCAACUUAAUCGCAUUUUUGGCAAAAUUUAACCUGUUCAAGGGUUUUGAACAAUGCUGAUUUAAUAUUUGACAGUAGGGGGCAAAAAACAAAGUGUACUUUAGCUUUUCUCUGGAGAUCCUUUCACACAUAACUUAUCAAAAAUAUUUUUUACUGAGGCUGUAAAUAUAAAAAUACAACAAUCAUUUUUGUUGUAGAAAUGUGCACACCCAAUGAUUUUUAGGGUGAAAUGGGUUUUGUUGUGUGUAUCUAUGGAGCAACUCAGAACCGUUGGACCCAAGCAAGCUGUGUUGAUGUCACACUUAACAAUCCUUCUUACUGAAACUAUCUUUGCUUAGAAAGAUGAUCACAUUUAUGCAGUUUAAUGCAAUGCUGAAGUGACCCGAGAAGUUUUUUUUUUUUUUUUUGGAGGUGCUACCUCGUCUCUGUAAAGUGGGUUUAGACAGAUUUCUGGACAUGACUGUAUGUAGGUAACUGACCCUGGUAAAGAUGGCCUGAGCUGAAACAUAUUGCUCAUUUGUAUUUUAGUAAACUGCAUGCAGGUAUUUGUUUAUAGUUUCAAGGAGUUUCUAAAGUAAAUCAGAUUUAGUGUAUUCAAAAACCAUAUUAAACAAGUUUUUACAGUCAGGGUUGAAAACAAAUUGGGCAAAGAUUAGAGAUUUUCUUUUAUAUAGAGAUGUCUUUUGCUUAUAUUUCAUGUGUAAAUGUUUAUUUUCUAAGAUUUAAAAAUAAACAAAACAGAGCAAUUUAACUAAAUAAUAAUGCAUUUACUGCUUGUAUUUUGUUAAUGUUUUCCCUAUUUUUUACCUGAUGUGUAUGAUGUUCACUACUGAAAUGCAAUGACCUGUUUUCUGUGCAGCCCCUCUAGGAUGGGG